AUGGGCCUGGUGGCAACCUCCUUUGGUGCAAUCCCUGACCCAAUCAUUGAUAACACGCUCCCGAUUCUGGCAAAGCCAUCGCUGGACCAUGCCAUUAGUACAAAGUCUCCCUACAAUAUUCCGGACGUUGGGAGCGUCGUCUCUACUUAUUCGAACGCGCCAAAGCCGCGAACAAAGUACCGCAGGGCUGGGGAGGGAACCUGCACAACGGUUCAGGUUCAACUCGUGGCGCGACAUGGGACGAGGAAUCCCACUAAGGGGGACUUGAAGAAAUUCACUUCUACCCUUGAUAAGCUCAAAUCCUACGUUCCAGUUGAUCCCAAGCUGGCAUUCCUGAGCAACUUUCAACUCCCAUGGAGCGACACCGUGGCGGGGUUAUUGACCACCCAAGGCGUACAAGACCACGUUGACCUUGCCAAGCGCAUCAAACAACGCUACCAAGCUAUCCUUGCCGACCCGAAAACUUUGCAAUGGGCCUCUACGAAUGUUUCCCGCUCCAUUGCGAGUGGUCAGUCCUUUAUCAGGGGAAUGGUGGACGAGCCGAAUGUUGACACCGCAAUAACCGCCCUUAAAAACGCUAUUGUCCCUAAAGAACUUGAUGCCGAUCUCCGUCCGCAUGAAGCCUGCAAAAACUACGUGGACGCCAAGAAUACCCAAAAAUAUCUACAACAACCUGACACCCAGUUUAAGUCAGCUCGAUACCCCGCUAUUAUUCUACGCUUGGCGAACGACUAUCAGUUGAAAGGCUUGGACGAACAAGAUAUUACCAACCUCUUCAAACUCUGUGCAUUCGAAAACACGAUCCAGGGCAAAAUAGACGGGUUCUGCUCCCUAUUCCGUCCCGAUGAAUUCAUCAUGGCCGAUUUUGCUGAAGACUUGGGGUUCAAUUUUGUUAAAGGAUACGAAAUUCCGAUUAACGAACAGUUGGCUUGUUCCCUCGUUACAACCGUCUCCAACAACAUGGAUAAAAUCGUUUCCAAUGCAGCUGAUGCUGCCAAGGGUAUCUUUAAAUUCGCGCACGCCGAGACGAUUGCACCCAUCAUUACCACCUUGGGUCUCUUCAAGGGUGAUCGGCUCGCCGGGAACGCUACGGACGAACAGAUCCUCUCCCGCGCAUUCAAUGGGAAAACAUUUUCUCCCUUUGCUGGGAAUGUCAUCUUUGAGCUCAACAAAUGCGCCGACAACAGCUACAAUGUCCGCGUACUCUCUGAUGAAGUCCCUGUCGUUGUCCCUGGAUGCCCCAGUGAGGUUUGCCCUCUCGAAACAUUUAAGAAUGCACUUAAAGGCAAAAUUGGCUGUGACUUUGAUGCAGGAGUAUGCAGGAAUCUUGCACCGACAAUUGGUGGAGCUGCUACAAUCAAGACCCUUGGACCUGUUGGUGCAGGGACAAACCAAACAUCACCAAUCGGUCAACCAUACGAUGAUGAAGAUGAAGAAUAAGAUGG